AUGGGGAACUACCAAGGACAAACUUUUCGAAAUCAACUCACAGCGCCUGGAUGGGCGGACGCAAGCUUUCGCGGAAAUCCCCAGAUACCAACCCCAAACUUGGAUGUUUUGGCAUCAUCGGGAGUUAUCCUGAACAACUACUAUGUGCAGCACCUCUGCACGCCUUCAAGAGGAGCUCUCAUGACUGGCCUCUACCCCAUACACACAGGUUUGCAGCAUGGUAUUCAUCACGUGGCGGAACCAUGGGGCUUGUCGCCCAAUUUCACCAUCAUGCCUCAGUACCUGAGUGAGCUCGGCUACAUAAGUCACAUUAUUGGAAAAUGGCAUCUAGGAUAUUACAAGAAAAUUUACACGCCAACGUACAGGGGAUUUGAUUCCUUCUAUGGCUUCUACAACAAUGGUGAAGACUAUUACAGGCACGAAAUCUACUUGGAAUAUAAAAACGAAAGCUUCGUUGGGCUAGACUUUUGGGAUGACACAACGCCCGUUCGUGACAAAGGGGGCGUUUACUCAACAAGGCUAUACACGAAGAGAGCGAUUUCCCUGAUCAAGGAUCACGAUAAAAACAAGCCCUUAUUCUUGUACAUGCCACACCAGGCCGUCAACGGUGGGGACUCCGAGUUUGGGUACAAAACUCCCGCGUCCGCCAUGGAACAUUUUCCCUACAUUCAAGACUUGAACAGGACCAUGCUUGCAGGGGCUGUCUACGAGAUGGACCAAUCAAUCGGUCUGGUUAUUGAGGCACUCCACAAAAGGAAUAUGCUGGAAAACAGCAUCGUCAUCUUCAGCACCGACAACGGAGGCCUUCCCACGGGUCUUGGAUCCAACUACGGUUUCAACUGGCCUCUGAGGGGCUUCAAGGCUACCUUGUGGGAAGGAGGCGUGCGGGGAGCCGCUUUUAUCUGGAGCCCUCUGUUGCGGAGGUCAGGUCGCAUCUCGAGCCAGAUGAUGCACAUUACCGACUGGUUGCCCACUCUGUAUUCUGCAGCCGGAGGAGAUGUGUCAAGGCUAGGUGUCAUUGACGGAAUAGACAUGUGGGAAGCGCUUUGUGAGGACCUGCCUUCUCCGCGCCAUGAGAUCCUUCUCAACAUUGACUCGGCCGCUAAUUCCUCGGCGUUAAUCGUGGGAAAUCGUAAGGUGUUUCUCACCUCCACCUUCCCUGACGAAUUAAGAUAUCAUCGCAGCGAAGUUCCAGGAGGCACACGACCCGUUGAAGGCCUGGACGAAAUGAUGCUGAAGUCUCGCACCGGAACAGUGCUCAGGGACUUCUACAAGGUUGAGAAACUGUCAAUUAGGCCUAAUUGGCGUCAAGAGGUAGUGGUGAACUGCUCUCAGUACAACCCGGGAAGCAAUUUCGUCGCCAACAGUUCCCCCUACUACUUCGACAUUCAACGGGAUCCCUGUGAGCUUGAAAAUUUGGCAGCUGUCAAUGCGACGGAAGUUGAUGAGCUAAGGAAGAAGUUAGCAACCUACGAAGCAACCAUGAUUCCCCCCGCCAACAAACCGAUGGAUCCUAGAGGUCUGCCGAAAUACAACCACGGAUUGUGGGCGCCUUGGGAAUGA